CGCCUGGCCAAGUCCGACUACUUGGAUAUCGUGAGGAGUGCUGUGGUGGACAAAGUGACGUCAGAGAACAGCAACCUGCAGCCCGCUGACCCGGCCAUCAUUGCCACUGCUGAUCGCUUGUUUUGGGAACUUCAUGACAAGCAGUGGUUGGAACUAUCUGACGAUUUCUAUGACCUCCAGACGAGCCCUUCGAAGAAAAAGGUGAACUGGAAAGUACCCCUGUCGACAAGGACCCAGGGUAGUGUGGGAGGAGGACCUCCGAGCCCCCCCGGGGCCGGAAGGGGGGGAGGCAGUGGCCACGAGGAAGGAGGUGGCGGAGGCAGUGGCCAUACGACAUCAGGGGGAAGCGCGCCGACAUCAUCGCCUGCCCCUGGCGGUCAGGGCAGGAUCGCGCACAGCGGCAUGGGGGAAGGGGGGGUGAACGUCACACACUCCCCAACAGCAGGGAGCGGCAAGUCGGGGAAGUUCGCCCGCAUCCGAACAUCGCAGACGGAGGACCCAGUGCCCGUGGAGGCAGCGAAGUCGGCCGGCAUCCGCACUUCGACGACUCUGGAGCAGGCGGCCCUUCCCUCGUGGACUGCUUUCGGCUCCUCCGGUGAAGUGGGGGGGGGCUCAUGUGCAGGGGAUCUUGUCUCCGCCGUGAAGGGCAAGUCCGUGGGCAUCCCUACCAGGGCGGACGACGUUCAGGCGAGUGUACCGGUCCAGUGGAGCUCUMCAGGAGCACAGGCGUCGGAGAUGGGCGCCGCCCUGGCUGUGCGGGAGGCGACGCCGCCGGCCCUUGGACAAGGCCGAUCUGCGGAGUCACAGAGAGAGAUUGCUGGUGCAGCGCUGUCCGCCUUCCUUGCGACGAAGUCCGCCGGUAUUCGUACUUCGUCUGUGACGUGCCUGCAGUCGGAGGAGGCAGGGACGGAGGAAGGUGCUACGUCUGUUCAUACAGACGACCGCUCCUUGGGAUCCGCCUUGAUGCGGCUGCAAGGAGCCGAGUCGCGUGAGACUGACGGGGGGGACGAAUGGGUGCAAGUCGAGGGCGGGGAAGAAGGGGGAGAAUGGGAGGAGGGGGGAGAAGGAGACGAAGGGUGAGAGAAGGAGUUGAUUACAUUGCGCGACGGGGAAGACGGUGAAGAAGGAGGACUCAGUAUUACAGACGAGGAAG